CUCACGGGCUUCGACAUGGAGCUCAAGGAGAACUUCGAGAUCGUUUGCUUCGUCGCUUGGCCGUGCGGAAACUUGUGUGAGCGGGACUUCUCCGCCAAAUGUCCGCUCGGCUGGCGGCACCUGAGUGACGGCACGUGUCUCGCCCCCCUCUCUGUCUACCUGCCGGCCCGCGGCUUCGCAGCCUGUCCAACCCGCCGAAGAUUUAACGACCUGCCGCCCGCCAGCGUGGCGAGCGCGGCGUAUGAGUGUGAGCUGGACUUCUCUUGUCUCUCACGCAAGACGUGCACUCGCGACUACACCAGCAGGCACGUAGCGACACUGAAUAUAAUGGCUAAGAAGAAAGCUAUCAUAAUGUGUGUGCCUUCUGUGUGUGCAAUUUCAGAUGUCCGAUCGACUGGAUGGACGCGGGCGUGACAGCUGGCGGCGUGACCUGUUUGCCGCGCGCUGUCAGCAACAAAGGCACCUGCACCAACAUCACCUUGGCACACGACGCAUCCGAUGACGUAAGGAAGUCACAAACCACAUUUGCCGCAUACACACACCCAUGGUCCCAUACGUAUGUGCGUGUGUUGUGUUGUGUGUGCACUAUAAAGGCCAAACGCAAGAAGGCCGCCGAAUGCGACGCCGACUGGCCCUGGUCAGCCAGCCAGCCAGCCGGGCAGAUGGACAGAUGGGAAGGAGUGCACUAAAGUGCCUGCGUGUCUCUCCCUGUCUGUCUGUGUGUAUUUGUGUCUAUCUCGUCAGUGUGGGUGAGUACCGGUGGCUCAAGCAGCAUCACCACGCCGCUGCAGCCACACACGCCCCCACUCGCUGAGCGAGCGGCAUUCAUUCAUCAAGAGAACAAACAAGAGGACAGAAAGUGUGCGUGCAUGACUGCACCGACAGGGAGAUGGAUGACCACCAGACCCGAAUGCAUUAAUGCAUCAUGAGCGUAUCCAUCCAUCCAUACAUCCAUCAAAACUGAUUGAUACCAUAUCACACCCCACAGACAGACAGACAGACAGACCGACACACAGACAGAAAGACAGACAGACAGACAGACUGGCAGGCGAUGAUGGCACACACGCACACACAGGCCGUCCCCCUCCCCUCCCCUCCCCUCCCCUGUUGACCCCUGUGGACGUGAGCCUGUGUGUGAGUGUGUCUGUCUGUCUGCCACGCACUGCUGCACACGCGCAUUCACAUAACUAGGGUUUAGAUGAGCACGUCGGCCGCCGCCCCGCCCCCCUGCAAUGGGAAAAAGCCUCCAAAGCGAAAGUACUAGGGUUUGGGGUGAGGCAUCAUUGAAACGCGAGCUUUUGAGCUCGCAGGGGUCGCCACGGCUCUCUUACCCUCCCUUCUCCGGCGCCUCUCCUGUCUUCAAGGGCAGUGGGGGCUGCCCGGCUGGGGCCUGUGUUGUCUGGCGUGAUUGUCUGUACGCUUGAAAAAAGUUUCGUGGGGCCCGCCUCACAGCAGAAGGCAACAACACGCCCAUACCAAGAUUCUGCACAGGUACGACAGCCACCAUCCGAUUCAUUCUGUUGUCACCUGCAUGAUUGGUGUGCUGGCUUCAGAAAAACGAUGCAUAGUUUUGGUCAGCAGCCGUCUGCAGCCGAGAAGGAGCCUGUGACGCCUCCCCGCUGGCAGCAGAUCCACCCGCAGGCCAAAAGCGUUAUCGAGAAUGCCAGCAAGCUCCUCGGGAACGCCUCACUCCGACCCACAGACGUCCACUGGCUCAACGCAUUCAUGGCCAUUUGUAUGUGUGGGCACAGCACACGUAUUGUAUUGCGUCCAUGCGUCUGUCCAUCUGUGCUGUGUUGUUCUGUGUGCAUGGAUGCAGCUUCGCAGGAUGUCAAUCAACACUUCGGGGCGGGUGUCUUUCUCCCACUGACGUCGCCUGAGGCCGUCCUCCACGCGUCGACCCUGCGCCAAGGUCAGCCACAGGCGACCCUGGUGCCACUUAUCGCCACCACUCCUGUACCUGCACCUGCACCUGCACCAGCGCCGCCCAUGUAUAAUACCAACACCACACACACGGGGGUCGAGUCCAGCGGGGAGUGGAUAGUGUCACCCACUCACCCACGCCCAUCCACCCGCCUCACGGACAACAGCAACCCCGUGUACCCUCAGACGACACAUCAGCAAUCGCAGGUGGCGGUGGUGGGGGGUGAGGGGCAGCAGCACUGGGGGAUGGAAGGGGGAGGAUGGGUGCAGACCAGUGGGCUCUGCCUGAAGCCUGGUGGCGUGUAGAACAGUCUGUGUUGCGUUGCGGGCGUCUGCGUGUCGUAUUUUUCAUCGUUCAACGUCUGCCUACAUGA